AUGUUAAAUGAGCAGAACUGUGAAAAUAAAAUAUUCUAUGAAUAUGUAGGUGUCUUGGAUUGUUUAAUAGAAGAGUAUACUAGUAGAUUUUCUGAUUUUGACGAGCACACUCCUGCUAUGAAACUGGCAUUUGAACCACAUUUAAUAGAUAUAUCCGAGGCUCCUGCAGAACUACAAAUGGAGUUAAUCGAUUUAGGGGAAGAUAGUAUCAUCAAAUCCAUUUUUAACGCUAAAAAGGAUCCCAUAGAAAUCUGGAGGAAAAAUGCUGUUGAAAAUCCAUGCCUUCGAGAACAUGCUCGCCGCUUACUUUCGUGCUUCGGAAGUACCUACUGUUGCGAGACAACAUUUUUCUAUAUAAUGCAAUAA